AUGGCCAUGGAACUGCCUUGCGAUCGCAAGGCUACGGCGAAGCGCUCCUAUCGGCACGUCGACAAUAGUCAUACACCCUUCACAAACCGCUCUAUGUCUGGGGGAGCUGCGGCACUCACUCUACUUACUCUCAUGCCUGGAGUAGCAUCGGCACAAAGCAACGGCGGAUGCAUAUCAUUACAAGGCUCAAAAGCAUGCCCUGCUUUUGGAUCGGCUUCCGUUUCGACCAACAGUGGCAUGGUCCAGAUGUAUCCGUUCUUGCAAUUUGUAUCCGACACAGGGUCCUUCGACUAUCAACUGUCGACUUACGUGAAAACAUCUUAUGUAAAAGACAAAUAUCAAAGCUUAUUCGGCUGUGGUAAUAUCAAUUUUACUGACCCGAGUAACAUGUACGCCCGGUACACAACAACGCUACUGUGCAACACCCUCAUUCAGAAGUCGAUUAGCUCUUGCUCGCUUACUGGCGACGCGACAAGGCCGUUGUGUGCAGAUACAUGUGCCGAUUUUGCUCAAAGUGAAGCCUACAUUACUGCUGACAAAAAUCUCUGUUCUAACCCUGGUCCUGAUUUGAGCAAACUUAUCCGCGCCGAUUUUGCGACGUGCUCUUUGCCUGAGGAUGCCCUUACCAGCAAGUGCAUUGCUGGAUUUGACAAUGAGUCAUACAACUGUGGUUUUGGUAAUAGCACUAUUGGUCUCUGCUCCUACUGCGCCGCCGGAGGCACCAACUCAACCGAUACCUGCUGCUAUAAUGCGAAUGCCGAGAAACGAUGCGAAGGUGUUAAGCUCCCCCCUAUCACCGCGACCAUGACCUUUACUCCUCCAACCGCGACAUCAACACCAUCUUCAACUGGGACUCCGGGUGAUGCUAAUGGCAGCGACGGCGGCAACAAGCUCAGUGGUGGCGCCAUAGCUGGUAUUGUUAUCGGCUCGCUUAUUGCAAUUGCCCUCUUGGCUCUGGCGAUUUUCUUCUGUUUCCGGGUCAUGCGCCGCCGACGUGGAAGCCAGCAAGGCAGCAUCUUUAACCAACCCUCUCCGGCUCGAAAGGGUCCUUUGAUGGCACAAGCUAAGCAGACCGCUCCGGAAGGAUAUGAGGUUCUACCUGGUGGUCGCGUGGCUCGUAUGGCAGCGUUGGAGGGCCAUUCUGGCGGUGGCGGCUCACCCACGCAACGAAGCGGCAACAAUGGCGUUGCUGCUUUCGUAGGUGGUGCUCCUCGCAAGGGAACCGAUACCCAGUCCUCCUCUGACGAGUAUGCUGAAUCCCCCGAGCGUGGAGGUGUUUUGCGGCCGCCGCCAACAUCUAGAAGACAAGGGUCAUUGUCAAGCGGCUCUGCUCUCGGGAGCGAUGACCCACAAUCGCCGGGCAGUGCUGGAUAUUCUUCACCCCUCGGUAUGGCUAGCCAACAGUCGGAGCAACUGCCGUUUUUCAAAGACUACUAUUCCCAGGAUGAUAUCCAUCCUUCCGACAAGGUGGCAGUUCUUUGGGCAUAUCAACCUCGCGCCGCCGACGAAUUCUCUCUUGAGCGUGGCGACAUGAUCAAAGUUGUUGGAAUCUGGGAUGACGGCUGGGCCACAGGCAUCAUGCUUGAUGAACGUGCAGACGAGUGGGAAGCUCGACGACAAGCCCAACGGGACAGUGGCGUGUCGAACACGUCGGGCAUUCGCGACGAAUCGCCAGAGGCCCAGGGUGAAAUGAAAGCAUUUCCAUUGCCAGUUGCAGCUGCACCUCUGAACUACAGCAGCUCGUCAUUUCGUAUCUCGAUCGCAAUGUUGAGCGAUGUACAUAAUCUGUUUCUACGACAAAAUCAACCGCAGCCUUUCAGCAUCACGACGAAUGAGCGAGCGUCCGACGUCCUAGCGACCAUCAUGCCUGUUACCCGAACCUAUUUGUUGGCCGUUUUCAUGUGCGCUAGUAACUUUGACGAGAGAAAAUCAGGCGCGCAUAAUCUUAAUCAUUUUAUUACCUCCGAUCACUUGGUCUAUCAUUCUUGA